GAGCCAAUUGCGAGGCGCCUGCGGCCGGCGGCGCGGUCAGUGGCGGCGCCGAGCAAAGUGGCUACCGCCAUGAUCGAGCAGCCGAAGCGCAAGGGCCCGGAGCUACCACUGGUUCCUGUCAAGCGGCCGCGGCAUGAGUUGCUGUUGGGAGCGGCAGGGUCCGGCCCCGGAGCCGGACAGCAGCAGGCAACUCCGGGAGCCUUGCUGCAGGCGGGACCUCCCAGAUGUUCCUCCCUUCAAGCCCCAAUCAUGUUGCUCUCGGGACACGAAGGAGAAGUGUACUGCUGCAAGUUUCACCCCAAUGGAUCCACCUUGGCAUCUUCAGGAUUUGACCGACUCAUACUAUUGUGGAAUGUCUAUGGUGACUGUGAUAACUAUGCUACAUUGAAGGGACAUAGUGGAGCGGUGAUGGAACUGCAUUAUAACACAGAUGGCAGCAUGCUCUUCUCAGCAUCAACAGAUAAAACUGUGGCUGUGUGGGAUAGUGAAACUGGCGAGAGGGUUAAAAGGCUGAAGGGACAUACUUCCUUUGUGAACUCCUGUUAUCCAGCCAGGCGGGGCCCCCAGCUUGUCUGCACUGGCAGCGACGAUGGUACAGUUAAGCUUUGGGACAUCCGGAAGAAAGCAGCUAUCCAGACAUUUCAGAACACAUACCAGGUGUUAGCUGUCACCUUCAAUGACACAAGCGAUCAGAUUAUCUCUGGUGGAAUAGACAAUGAUAUUAAGGUUUGGGACCUGCGUCAAAACAAAUUAACCUACACCAUGAGAGGCCAUGCAGAUUCCGUAACCGGCUUGAGUUUAAGCUCUGAGGGAUCUUAUCUCUUGUCCAAUGCAAUGGACAAUACAGUGCGUGUCUGGGAUGUCCGGCCCUUUGCCCCCAAAGAGAGAUGCGUGAAGAUAUUUCAAGGAAAUGUGCACAACUUUGAGAAGAACCUCCUGCGGUGUUCUUGGUCCCCGGAUGGAAGCAAGAUAGCCGCUGGUUCAGCAGACAGGUUUGUGUACGUGUGGGACACCACAAGCAGAAGGAUCCUGUAUAAGCUGCCUGGCCAUGCUGGCUCCAUCAAUGAAGUGGCUUUCCACCCUGACGAGCCCAUCAUCCUCUCAGCAUCCAGUGACAAGAGGCUGUACAUGGGUGAGAUUCAGUGAAGAUGUAGGCUGGAAGGCUCCCAGGCUGUGGGACCCGAGGCUCAGACUACGUAAUUGGCCAGAGUCAUAUGGUGUCCAGGCUGACCUGCCUUCAGAUUGCAAGCAGCUGGAGGUGAUGGCCAUACUCCAGCAACCACUUGUACCCCAUUUACAGGACAGCUGUGGCCUCUGGUACCACCUGCCAGAUUUCAGGGAUUGGUUUCUUUUUACAAAAAUAAGAUGUCUUCAGAGGGACAAACAUUGGGUUUGAGGUCUCCUGUUUUUUAACCUAUGCUGGAGACAGGCAAUGUCACUUGAAAUUUGUUAGUUGGAUUUGUUUUCUGUUUAUUUUAAAUUGAGUAACUGGCUUGUAUGAUAUUUUUCUUUCUGUGUUUGAGUCAUUUUAUAUUAAAAAUCCAAACAGAUACCUUUUUACAA